AUGAGUGCCUCAGUCUACAAGCCGGUGUCUCAGAAAGUCUCCGCCAAAGACAAGGACGAGUCGUCAUCUGGCCUGGAUGUUAAGUCUGAGAUGGCUACACGCCGUGGAUUCUGGAUAUGUAGAUCUGCUCGCAUGCAGUCUCUGGCAAACAUUGGUGUAUUCACGGCCCUUUGCAGCGUUUCGGGAUUGUUGACGCAAACACUGACGCACUACGUGAAUUCUCAGGUGACCACACUGGAACGACAGUUUGGCUUCAGUUCAUACCAAACCGGCAUCAUUAUGUCAGCCAACGACAUCGGGUACCUGGUCUGUGCUCUGUUUGCGGGCUACAUGGCCCCGCGGACCCACAUUCCUAGAUCUCUAGGUGUCGCAGUCAUCAUCUACGGAAUCUCCGGCAUAUCCUGUUCCCUCCCCCACUUCCUGUUUGGAGCAUCUAUCAACAAAAAUCCAACAACAGACAACAUCAACAGAACAGAGUCCAACUUCAGCAAACAGUCGGCGGUUUUGGGCAGCUUGUGUGACAUCUUCAACAACAGCGGGGAUCCUUGUGGGAUUGCUACCGCUCAAAAAGGUUAUCGGGAAACCCGGGUGACCUCAGAACAAGCUGUGGAGAUCUCUUUCAUCAUUAUCGUCAUUGGAAUGGCCCUCCAGGGAUUCGGCAAGGCCCCCAGAGCCUCGUUUGCUAUUGUCUACGUGGAUGAUAACACAGACAAGGUCAACACUGGGUUUCUCGCAGGUAUCAUGGCGGCAACCGCCAUGUUGGGUCCCGUCGUCGCCUUUCUAUUGGGUGGAGUCUUCAGCCGGAUGUACGUCACACUAGAAGCCACACAGCUAACGCCACGUCAUCCAAAAUGGAUCGGGGCCUGGUGGCUGGGCUUCAUCGUGUUUGGGCUGCUGGCUCUGGUCACCGCCGUUCCACUCUUCUGUUUCCCGCGCAAACUACAAAGACAGAAGGUCAAGGAUGCUGACGUGGAUGAGGAACUGAUCACCGGGCGAGCUGAGGUGGAAAACCUGUCUAAUCAACACAGACUGGGACAAUACAUACAGACACACAGUGAUAUGGGCUGUCAUACAGCAAAUGCUCAUGGAAGUAUUACAUUGAAAUCAAUGUUGAAACACGCUAGAGAAUUUCUGGCGUCCUUGUAUCGGCUACUAAUAAACCCCGUCUACGUCUGCUUGAUUAUCUUCUCCUGCUUCCUCUUGUUCAUGAUAGUAGGUAACUUCACAUUCUUCCCCAAGUACCUGGAGAGGAUGUUUCACCUGCCGGCUCAUACCGCCAACUAUAUCACAGGAGGUCUCUACUUGUUCACGUCGUCUACUGGAACAUUUGUGGGCGGAAUUUUGAGCAAACGUUACAAGAUGACAGCUAUAACCAGCGUCAAGUUUAUCAUCGUUACAAUUAUCGCUGCCCUUAUCUUUCAUUUCCUGAUGUUCAUUUUUCAGUGUGAGCAACCGACCGUGCACAAUUGGCCCAGUGAGGAGAACAGCUGCAACAGGGGAUGUAACUGCAGGGACAACAGUUACUUCCCCAUCUGUGGAGACGACGGCAGGACCUACUACUCUCCUUGUCACGCCGGCUGUCUCCAGGCGGAGCAUGGGGUGUACCAGAACUGCUCCUGUAUACUCGGAGGGCAGGCUGCUCCAGGCGUCUGCGACCAAGACUGUCCCCAACUUUAUGGCUACGUCGUGGCAGCGGGUCUGCGGAAUUUCAGCUUUAUGCUGUCACUAGUUGCUGUCAUGAUCGUCUACAUGAGGUGUGUUCCUGAUAAAGACAAAUCUAUGGCUCUUUCCGUGUCCCCAUUCAUGACGACACUUUUUGGUUUUCUGCUGGCGCCAAUCGUCUUUGGCAAAAUCAUAGACAAAACCUGCCUCCUUUGGGACAUCAAGUGUCUCUCCAGGGGGCGCUGUCUUCUUUAUGACAACAACCAGUUCCGGGUUGAGUUCCACGGGUAUACAGCCCUCGGCUUCAGUGGUGCCUUGGUGUUUGCAGUGAUUGUGUACCUGUACGCCAGGUGGACCGGGUGUUUGGACGCCGUUGCUAGUGAGGACGGAGCUGGUUUGAAUCCUACUGGUAAUGACGACAGUGCUGCAGGCAUUGUAAUAUUGGAUCCGGUAGUCAAGAAAAGGUCAAAGGAACGUAACAUGGAAAAUAAUCGUAUAUAA